AUGGCGCCGGCGCUCCCGGACCUUCGCCGGCUCUUCGAGGCGCAGGAACGCAUCCCGACCGAGACCGCGCUCGGGAUCAUCCAUGAUGCGCUCGACCUCAUGGACAUGGAGCCCAACGUGCUCGAGAUCCAAGCACCCGUCGUCGUCUUUGGCGACCUGCAUGGGCAGUUCUUCGACCUGCUCAAGAUGCUCGACCAAAUCGAGUUCUUUGCCGACAAGCCCGAACAUGCAGAUCGCAAGCUGCUCUUCCUCGGCGACUAUGUGGAUCGGGGCGUCUUUUCGUGCGAAGUCAUGCUUUUCCUCCUCUGCAUGAAGAUACAUGCGCCAAGCCGCGUCUUCCUCCUGCGAGGCAACCACGAGUGCGAAGCCAUCUCGUCCUUCUACGGCUUUCGCCUCGAGUGCAAGGCCAAGUACGGUCUCUCGGUCUACUUUCAUUUUAUCGAGUGCUUCCGAUCGCUGCCGCUGGCUGCCAUCCUCGAUGCCCCUGAUGGACGCAUCUUUUGCGUCCACGCAGGCCUUUCGCCCGACCUCGACACGAUCGCCGAUAUUCAGGCCUUGAACCGGCGGCAAGAACCAACAACGAGCGGUCCGCUCUGCGACCUUUUGUGGUCGGACCCGGUGCCCGAGUACGAAGUCGAGCUGCCGCUCGCCGACGAAGGCGACAACCGUACACCGCCCGAAGAGACAUCGUCCUCCUGUGGAACCAAAACCGGGCUGAAGAAGCGGCCGUCGAUCGUACCCGAGACGGCGCGCUGGUCGCCCAACGAGGUCCGCGGGUGCUCGUAUUACUAUGGCUGCUUGGCCGUCUACUCGUUCUUGAACCGCAACAAUCUGCUGUGCAUUCUGCGCGCGCACGAGCUCCAGGACGAAGGUUUCCUCUUUCACUUUUCGUCACAAGCCUACUUGCCGCUCGACACGCGGCUCGACACGAGCUUCCCGCCUGUCAUUACGCUCUUCUCGGCACCGAAUUACUGCGACGAGUACAACAACCUCGGGGCCAUGAUGUACAUUUCGGACGCACCCAACGGCUUUGACGUCGAGCAGCUCCAGGCGACGCGACACCCGUUUCCACGCCGAUAUGCGCAGUCGGAAGGCAUGUGGUCACUCUUCGAGUCGACGCUGCCGUACAUUCCUCCAAGCACAAAGUUUUUCGAAGACAUGGCCGAGCUCAAUGACGUCGGCGCCGUGCCCGUCGACUCGGACGAGACGACGGGCACACCACUUCGGCGCUACAGUCGUGGCGCGUCCGCUGUCGGGCUCAUCCUUGACGAGCCGGUUGCCAUCGACACCCCUGCAAGCGCGGCCAAGCUCAAGCGCCGACGGUCGAGCGAGCGCCAUCCGCACGCCCUCAACCCGGAAUGGGACGCCAUUACCCUUGAGUGGAAGCAAGACAAGAGCAUUAUGGACGAUACAUCGAGCACCGUCGACAGUCAUCUUUCUCCAGACCAGUCCAAGUUCUUUUCGACCAAGGAGCUCGAGAUGCUAAAGCUGAUGUUUACGCUCAUGGACGUGGAUGGCGACAUGGUGUUGCAGCCCGACGAGAUUGCGCGCUUCAUCGAACGCAUCUUGCUCGAGCCGAUCUCGGACGAAAAGGCCAUUCUGUACACCAAGGCCCUCGACUGCAACAAGGACGGCUACGUCGACCUCUCGGAUCUGCUCGAAUGCGCGGCCAAGAUGAAGCAGCGAUUCCAGCGGCAGCAGCAGCGCACGAAGCGCCGGUGGUCGCUCUGGUACCUCGCGCCGCUCUUUGCGACUGCGUUGGCGCUCGUGUGGCUCAAGGCGGGCAACACUGCGCGCCGGCGUCUCGCACUUUUCUUGCUGCCGUGCAUGGGGCUCCUCUACGGUACGCGGCGCCGCGUCAUGGAGUGA